AAAUAUGUGGAGUUCUACAAACAAAUUUCAUUAUUCUACAAUGAUGUUUAUUGAAGAAAUUAAUAAGGAUCAUUAUUUAUCAAUGUAUUGGGAUCUUGAAACUGUAAAGAAAACUCAGUUGUGUACCAUGGAUCACAAGAUGCGAAAAGUUCCAAAAGGUUUCAGAACUGAUACUGUAUUUAUGGGGGUUUACGCAUUAUUUUGGGGUUCUGAAGUUAAACCGUUUCAUAUAAUAGCGAUUGUGUUAGUGAAUGAUGAAUUUCCAAUGAAAUAUGAAAAUCCAAAUGAGGAUUUGAUUGAUUUGAUCGAGGUGAAAACAGAAGCAGAUUUCUUAAAAACCAUGUUUCAGGUGUAUAAAAAUUUUAGUCCUGACAGGGAGAGUGGUUGGAAUACUUUAGGAUACGAUUGGAAGUUUAUAAUUCGAAAAAUGUACGAAUGUGUAUUAUUUGAAACAUUUUAUCAAACGUUAUAUGAAAAAAAACCAAAAAGUGUCGAGUCAGUUAUCAAAUAUCAUCGGGUAGUAAAAAAAGCAAAGAUAAGUGCGAAUGAAUUUGCAAAUCAUUAUUUUAUGAAAGUUGGUGGCACAAUCGCAUAUGAUAUGCAAACACAAGCACGACAACAUUAUGGAAAUUUAACAACAUGGAGUUUAAACGAUAUUUUAAAUAAAAUUGGAUUGGAUUCAAAAGAAGAUCUUUCUAUUGAACACAUGUAUGAUAUAAUAAUUAAAUGUCGUAACAACGAAUAUGAUGAUAUUACCAAAAAAAAUCAAUGUAAUUUGAUUUUAACUUAUUGUAUAAGAGAUUGUCAGGCUCCAAAAGAAAUUUAUGAAAAGUUAUUCAAAAAUGUUCAAUACUCAUUAAUGUCCAAGAUAUCGUGUAUCACAGUUCAAGAAUACGCAUUAGGCAAUAUGACAAAUAUGAUUAAUAAUUUAAUCGUUGAUUAUUCUUACAGACGAAAUAUUAAUCUUUCGUUUAGUUAUAUGAAAAAUAACAAAUUUAAACAGAAAUAUUCAGGAGGAUAUGUGAGAGAACCGAGAUAUAAGGGAUUCUCAAUAACUCCUAAAGGAGUAUUGGACUUUAAUUCAUUAUAUCCAAGUGUGAUGAGAGAAAAGAAUAUUU